AGCGCGAGCUGUUCUAUAAAAUAUUAAAAUUAAAAUGCUGCUGCACAUAUUUGAAACGGGCAUUUUUUUGCCCGCAUAUCGUCGACAAUUGCUGGUGACACUCAGUGCUAUACUCAUAACCUUUUGCCAUGGCAUUGGGCUGGGCUGGCUGUCGCCCAUGCUGCCGCGACUGCAAUCGCCGGAGCAGACGCCGCUGAGUUUCGUCAUCGAUGUGCAGGAGGCUUCGUGGCUGGGCGCGCUCAUAAGUUUGGGCGGCGUGACGGGCAACUUUUGCUUUAGCUUCAUAAUGAAUCGUUUUGGACGCAAAGUGGCGCUUUAUGGCUUAGCGUUGCCCCAUACGUGCAUUUGGUUUUUGCUCUACUUUGCCACAUCCAUUGAGUGGCUGUAUGUGGCACGCGUGUGUGCAGGACUCACAGGCGGCGGCACGUUCGUGGUGCUGCCCAUUUUCAUAGGCGAAAUAGCAGACAAUCGCAUACGCGGGCGCUUGUGCUCCUUCUUCAAUCUGGCUAUUAAUACGGGCAUUAUGGUGGGAUUUGUGGUGGCUGCACAUGUCCCGUAUCAUCUAAUACCACAGAUUGUGGUCGCUUUGCCAUUGCUCUAUUUGCUGCUGUGCCUGCGUUAUCCGGAGACGCCACAGCAGCUGCUGCGCUGGGGCGACGAGGCUGCUGCGCAGCGUUCGCUCAAAUAUUAUUGCAAUUGCAGCAGCGUUGCGUUGGACAAGGACGCGCAGAAGCAGUUCGAGGAAAUGCGUCAGGCCAUUGAGCAGCAGCUGAAGCAAAGCAAUGGCUUGGGCCUUAGCUGCGCCGAUUUCUGCAACAAGCGCGCGCUCCAGGCCAUACUAACUGGACUGGUGCUCAUGAUAGGCAACAUCUUUACGGGCACUUUCGCCUUCAUCAACUACAUGACCAGCAUAUUCGAACGUGUGCACACGCAGCUGCCGCCAGAUACGAACACAAUCAUCAUUGGCGCUGUGCAGAUUCUGGGCACACUCGCCUCCAUUUAUCUGGUGGAUCGCUAUGGGCGCAAGCUGCUGCUGAUUGUGUCCUUUGCCGGCAGCGCCUUUGGCACCACUGCCUUUGGCAUCUACGCCUUCUAUGCUGAGGAAACGUCUGUGAAUUUAAGCGCCGUUUCGUGGCUGCCACUGCUGCUCAUGGCCAUUAUUAUAUUUGUUGCCAAUGUGGGCAUCAUUUCGGUCACCAUGGUGGUGCUGGUGGAAGUGUUGCCGCCAAAAAUACGCGCAGUUGCCACCAGCGCCUGCCUGGGCAGCUUGAGCUUCUUUGCCUUCACCUCGCUCAAGACUUUUCCCAUUAUGAUGGCCACUCUGGGACUGGCCGCCACCAUGUGGUGCUGCGCCGCCGUCUGCGCACUUUGCCUCUUCUAUGUGGUUGUCUGGCUGCAGGAAACCAAAGGCAAAUCCAUGUACGAAUAAGCUGUAGACUAAGUAAACAUAAACACUAAGUUAGCUGUAAAUAGUUGUACUAGGUAAAUAUUUAGCUUGUUGGCCAGCACAAAUAUAAAAUUCUAAAAUAUA